AUGCCCCCAUAUACAGAGGUACACAGGGUCCUCCUCACGCUCAUUAGGGCCUCCAAGUGCAUCAGCUCGAGUGUGUUGGAGAAGCACUUUCUAACCAUUCUUAAAGAGCUCAGUCCAGAGAUUUUGGAAUCAAAUCAUACCGUCAAUUCAGUGCUCAAUGAUCACAUCUCCAACAUCAACGUACGGAUCAACCAGCACGGGUUCAAGAUAGACAAGAAGAACCACCAGGUGUCAGGCGAACUCCACUACAUCUUUAUCAACACCGACAAUGAUAGUAUUGUCAAACUAAAUACCCAAUUCUCACCCAAAGAGCUUGAAUGCAUCAAGGUAUUGAUCGACAAAGUGGUGACUUCUGAAGACUACAGCUUGAAGAUGGUUGUGGCUGGACAGGUGAUCAACGGCGUGUUGGGCAAGUCCUUGGAGGAGUCGUAUAGCUUCAUCAACAGGCUCAUCGACGAAGGAUGGCUCGUGCUAUCCAAACAAGACCACGUCUUGCUUUCGAUGAGAUCCAUCAGCGAAUUAAAGUCGUACUUGAUCGAUAGGCACGGAGUAACCACAGCGACCAACAUGGGUCGGAUCUUGUUGUGCAAGCAAUGCCAGGAAAUCGUGACAUUGGGCUACCAAACAGGCGAAGAUGAUGCCUUUCAUUACAAAUGCUACGAUGUAUAUUCCAACGGGGAUCCGGGUGUCAAUUUAGCACGCGUGGGCGUGCUGCCAGACACUCUUUGA